GCCAAAAGAUUUCAUAGUUGUAGUUUUUUUCAUAUUUUUUUCCCUUUUAGUUCCGGUCCGUCCCUGCGCAAGGAACAAAGCCAUUCUCGUCUACCCCUGCGAACGCCGAGAAAGUCCCUCAAACCAUCGCAUCAGCAAAGGGUUUUAAUGUUUCCAGGGUUUAGGAUAACAAGUAUGAAAGGCCGGACGCAGCGGGCCGAUACCCAUGAUGACUGGGGAGACGGUUCAUGGACCGUGGACUGCAUCUGCGGUGUCAAUUUUGACGACGGUGAAGAGAUGGUGAAGUGCGAUGAGUGCGGCGUCUGGGUGCAUACGCGCUGCUCCCGUUACACCAAGGGAGAAGAGUUGUUUGCCUGUGACAAGUGCAAGAACAAAAGCAACCGUAACGACAGCGAGGAAACGGAAGUGGCUCAGUUGUUGGUUGAACUGCCAACGAAAACAGUUAGGAUAGAGAGUAGUUCUACCCGACGGCCCUUUAGGCUUUGGACUGAUAUCCCCAUGGAAGAGCGUGUUCAUGUUCAAGGGGUUCCAGGGGGGGAACCUGGUUUGUUUAGUGGGCUGUCUGGGGUUUUUACGCCUCAACUAUGGAAGUGUACUGGGUAUGUGCCUAAGAAGUUUAAUUUCCAGUAUAGGGAAUUCCCUUGUUGGGAUGAGAACAAAGAUGAUGAUAACAAAAAUGGUAAGCAGAAUGAGUUUGAGAGUGGGAAUCCUGCUGAUAAUGGUGCCGGAGUUCUGUUUUCUUUGUCUAAAGAGAGGGUGUUUAAUGCUCCUAUGCAUCCAAAGAAGGAUGUUUUAAAUGAAGGGAAGAAGAGUGAGAGUGAAGAUUUUGAGGGAAAGCAUUGGCAGAAUGGAGUAAGGAAAGAUAGGGGUGUACUUCAGCCUGUUACGGCACCCUCCAGUAAGCAGAAAAAAGAUGAGCCUGGGGUGUUCAAAGAUAGGAGUACAAGAAAGAAGUCUAGAAGUUCUGCUGAGAAAGAGGCUUACGAGAAGAAGAGAUCUGUACAGCCCCAUAAAACAGUGUUUAGACCCAGCUGUGAUGCAAAACAAUUGGAAUUUUAUGAAGACAGAGUUCCAAAGUCUUUCGCGACUGGUGUCCAGAGUGGAAAGAACAAAAAUUUGAAGGACAGUGUGCAUCAAGAACCAACUUCAGAUGGUAAUCUUGCAUCGAACCAUGCGGUUGAAAGACCCAAGAACAACUCAAGUGGAAAAGAGCAUGCUUCAGAGGUCUCCACUUCUAGCAUGUCUGGACAUGAUUCGAUUAGAAUUGAUGGGAAGGAGGAGAAGGCUGAUGAUCAACUUCCUGCAGCUAUUACAAGCACUCCAAAAACAGAAGAUCUCGCUCAAUUGCCAUUAGUGAACAAAUAUACUGGGAUAACUCCUAUUAAAGAAGAGGGUGGUGGUGUGGCAAUUGACAAAGUAGAUGGUGUUGUAGUAGAAGGUUCUACAAGAAGUCCUCAGGACCAUCAGGUUGAUGCUUUGGCUAGUACUGCCCUGAAAGUUCAGGGAAAUAAUAUUCUUAAAGAUUCUAAUAGCGGCAUCUCUUGCAGCUUUGAUAAAUCUGAUAUUGAGGUGAAAAGAGAAAUGAAUGAUGAUGAUUCUAAUGUUGUCUUAAUUAAUCAACGUUCUAAUCCUGAUGAUACUAAAGACACAGAAAUAUCUUUUCAUCAGACAUCAGAAACCCCCCAAAUGAAUGAUUUGGUUGGAGGAUUUUCACAUUCGUCUGACAGUAAGGCAAGAAUCAAUGAAUCAGAAAUUGUUGCUGAUUGUCAUUCUGAUAAAGCAAAUGAGUUGUCUGGCCAUUGUUCGUUGCUAAAAUGCGAUUUGGAGGGUUCAGAAGUUUCUGAGACUCUGAAGAAAAUUUCUCCAGAAUCCAAUCGUAUUCCUAGAUCUUCUGAAGAGUCUAAACCAAGUAUAAAUGUUCUGACCCCUGAAGAACAGUCUAACCAGCGUAAAAUGACAGCAUGCGUUGGAAAGUCAUCUUCCACCUCAUCAGCUUCCAUAUUUGCUGUAUCAUCUGUUCCUGAUAGCUCUAAACCUACAGAUUCUCAGAAUAACUCAAAGCAACAAGUAAUGCCUGACAACAAUGUGAGCAGUAAGAAAGGUUACGCUACAAAUGAUGUGCCUAGGGAUGGAGACAGACAUGACUUAUCACGUAAGGCAGUAAAAGAGCGACCAAAAUCCUCUUAUAGUUCUACGUCAAAAGUCCCACACCAAAGCAGGAUUUCACAUGCUUCCAUUUCAAAAAGAAACAUAUCUGAGUCAAAAGAUUCUGUGCCUUCCUCAUCUUUAAAGGCAUCUUUGAUGCAGAAUAGUUCAGUUACGUCAGUCUCUGGUGAGUCUGCCGGCUCACUGCAAAGUCAGUCUGCUUCUUUCAUUCAUCAAAACAAGACAUCGGCUUCAGGUUUCCCACAGAAAGGUGAAAAGUCCAGUCAGUCAAGUUCCCAGCCAGCGUCUAAGUCUGCACAUGCAUCAUCAGUACAUCCCUUUGCAACAUCAAAUUCCACUACUCUAAGUGAUGAAGAGCUUGCUUUGCUUUUGCAUCAAGAACUUAAUAGUUCUCCAAGAGUACCUCGUGUUCCACGUGUGCGGCAGGCUGGGAGCUUUCCUCAGCUGGCAUCUGCAACUGCCACAAGCAUGCUAAUGAAACGCACAUCUAGCUCGGGAGGAAAGGAUCACAGUAUGGUCCCUAGAAGAAAAAACAAGGAUGCAUCUAAAGAUGGGUCCCGUGGAUCUCGUGAGCUUGAUCAUGAUGCUAAAAGAACUGAUAAAGUGCUAUCUUCACAUGAUCAGAGACAAGAUCUUGGUUCUACCAUGGAUGCUUCUGCUAAAAGGAAUGACAAGAAUGUACAUGCCACACCCUCCACAGCCACAAACAGUGGCCCUUCUUCUUCAACUGAAGCUAAUGAGCAAAAUUUGUCAUAUGUACGUAGUUCACCUAGAAAUUUAUCUGAUGAUGACACAGGCACAGCUCGUGGUUCUGUACCUCGUACUUUACCUGGCUUGAUAAAUGACAUUAUGAGCAAAGGCAGGCGAAUGACUUAUGAAGAGCUUUGUAAUGCAGUCCUGCCGCAUUGGCCUAACUUGAGGAAACAUAAUGGAGAACGAUAUGCGUAUUCUACUCAUUCUCAAGCUGUUCUUGAUUGCCUAAGAAAUCGACAAGAAUGGGCUCAGUUAGUUGAUCGUGGCCCCAAGACUAAUUCAAGUAAGAAAAGGCGCAAGGCAGAUGCUGAAGAUUCAGACGAUAAUGAAUUCGGCAAGGGAAGAAGUACGAAAGAGGUAGAAAGCAAAAGCCUCGAGUCACAGAAAGAAGAGUUCCCCAAAGGCAAAAGGAAAGCGAGGAAGCGCAGGCGACUGGCUUUGCAAGGAAGAGGAAUAAAAGAUGUCCGCAGGAGAAGGAAAGUAGAUUUCAGUGAUGAUGAUGCCGGACCCUUCUCUAACUCAAGUGAGGAGAGCAUGUUCAGUGACGAUGAGAUCCAAGGAAGCGGAGCUUGCCCAGUGGGAAGUGACGCCUCAGCAAGCUCUGAUUAGAUAGGGUCCAUGUAACUUAAAAGCCUAUAGAGUCAUGGUUUUCAACUGAUUUUCCAAGAUGAAGAAAUGGACUCUUCGGCAUUAAACAUUUGGAUAGUGCUCUUCUGUUUCUCAUCUCCUAUCUGCAGAUCACGAAAUGAUUCUCGUAUUGUAUUUGUAUCCAGUGACCAUCUUUUGUGCAGCAAUGGGUUCAUGCCAGAUCAACAGUUCACUAUUCGCCUUCUUCCAUAGUCAGAUGCUUGGUCUGCUCACCUGUAGUUCCUGCCGGUUUGUCUAUGGGUGUGAUUGAUAUGUAGUCCUAGUCCUAGUUCUGUACAUGGAUAUUUUUGGUAGUAUUAUGUUAGAGGCUGCCACAAGUUUUAGCACAAGUUCCAACAGCAUUGGCUCCUUUUAAUUAUUAUUUCCUUUAUAACAAGUAUAACUUGCCGUCA